GUCUAGUACUAGUUACAUGUAUAUUUGGUGUCUUUAGUAACAAGUAAUUACGUCAUCAUGGAAUUUAUAUACUUAAUUCUCUUCUCCAAACUUGAAUUUAACCCCUCUAGUAGACACAAACGCGCCAAUAGCAAUGUUCAAUCGCCAUCGGGCUAUCUCUAGCAGGCUGACGAAGUUCUAGUACCUAUAUAUACAAUGUUUUAACUACAUUGAAGGUAAAGUUAGAUAUUGAAUGUAAUCACCACCUGCACGCUUAAUUUAUUCGGCUGAUGAACCGAUUCGCCUACCGCCCAAUCGUCUCAUCACCGCGGCUCGUACGACUUACAGAUCGCUUGGCUUGCGAAUUACUACCCACUUACCGCGCAAUGGCAACGGCGUCAUCAUCCCCUCUAGGCCCGGCGCCCUGGAGACAACUCUUCCUGGAACAUGUCCAGACGAUGGCAUCGCCGGAAUUCACCCUCAGCACAAUCCGGAAGACCUCUUCCCCGUCUUCUGGCACGGUCUACUACUCGCCGCGCGCUCGCACGUGCGUCUUCCGCGGCUUGUUUGCGGGGUUGCCGGCGAAUCCGAAGAACGAGGCGGAGCUGAACCCGGACGUCUACGAGACGGACUUCCCGACGUUCACGACGGACUGCCGGAUGGAUAAGAUGGCGGAGCUCUUCGGGACAGAGGAGACUGGCGAGAAGCUCCGGGGCUCGGGGGGCGGCGCGCCCGUCGAGGCUGUCUUCUGGGCUAGGGAGACGGGCACGCAGUGGCGCGUCCGCGGGAAGGCGUACGUUCUCGCUCCGGACGUCGAGGACUCGGAGGAGGGGAAGCGUGUUAUAUCUACGCUGACGGCGCGGAUGCGGCGCAAGGACGCGAGCCAGGGGGGCUGGAGUUUCGCUCGGGAAGUCACGGCGCACUUCGGCAAUAUGGCUCCGCUGAUGAGAGGGUCGUUUCGGAGCCCGCCUCCCGGCGCGCCGGUGGCGCUGCCGGUGGACGACGAUCGGCUCAAGUUGGGACAGAAGGUGACGGAUCUGGAGGACGAGGUCGCCCGGGCGAAUUUCAGAGUCGUGGUUAUCGUGCCGGAAGGGGUCGACCGCACGGAUCUGAGCGAUCCGGAGCGCGGCCGUAGAUGGUUGUAUACAUUUGUUGGGGACAAGUCGGAGCCUACGGCGCCGGGCGGGGUGGUGCAGGAUGGGUGGGAGGAGGUUGAGGUUUGGCCUUAGCCGGCGCGGGAGGGAAGAAACUAACUAGGUAACUAAGUCCGCGACGGCUACGUAGAAGAAGAAGCCCUCGGUGGUUUUGGUUUGGGGGGCCCUAAUGUGGAAUAUCUACAUAUCUGAUUACCUUGUUGGUGGUGAGGAAGGGUUGUGGUCCCUACGUACAGCAUAGUGGUGUAUACAUACACUAUGCAUAGCUCUAUCUUACCGAGGUGCUACUAUUUACUACCCCUUACCUACGGGCAUUAUCGUAUGCACACCUACGUAUGUACAUACAUGUGUGUGUAGGAGUCUUGGCAUGGUCAGAUCUAUCACAGUCCUGCAAGUUUCGGACAUGUGAUGUGAUACACUACGUAGAAGGAAGUUCUUCCUCCCGGGCCGAGCUCAUGGCAAUCAGUCUUGAUCUAUAGGUAGUUAUGGGUAUAUCCGCGAACGGGAUGCCGUGUGCUAAAGUAAACCUUGCACUCCGGCGACCAUGACUUCUUUUGCUCUUCGGGAUACUACGUAAUGUAGGACUGGGUGCGGAACAUAAGGUACAUACAUACAUGUAACAUAUGUAGAUCAUCCCAUAUUUAGCCUUACGAUCUUGUGACCUCGUGGUGCGAGGCUGGGCAGGG